ACUUACUUUCUUCACACCUAUAAAUAAAUUAAAACCCUCUCUCACACACACUCGAUAAUUAAUCAAUCUAUAUAUAUUGCAAAAAAAUGGAUACGGAUUUUGAUAUUCCGGCAGCAGGUGGUGAGGAUUUCAUGGAUGAUGAGGAGAUGGAUACAGCAUCAGCUGCAGCAGUUGGUUUGAAAGUAGGUGAAGAAAAAGAAAUUAGUGGCAGUAAAGGAUUGAAAAAAAAGUUACUUAAAGAAGGUCAAGGUUGGGAUACUCCUGAAUCUGGUGAUGAAGUUGAAGUUCAUUAUACUGGAACAUUGACUGAUGGAACACAGUUUGAUUCAAGCAGAGAUAGAGGGACUCCUUUUAAGUUCACUCUUGGUCAAGGGCAAGUGAUCAAGGGAUGGGAUUUGGGUAUCAAGACAAUGAAGAAGGGUGAAAAUGCACUUUUCACCAUACCUGCGGAGCUAGCUUAUGGUGAAACUGGUUCUCCACCGACAAUCCCUCCCAAUGCUACUCUUCAGUUUGAUGUGGAAUUGCUUUCUUGGGUUAGUGUCAAGGAUAUCUGCAAGGAUGGUGGAAUCUUUAAGAAAAUCGUGAAGGAGGGAGAGAAGUGGGAGAACCCUAAGGACCUUGAUGAGGUUCUAGUCAAUUAUGAGGUUCGCCUUGAGGAUGGGACAUUAGUUACAAAGGCUGAUGGAGUGGAGUUUAAAGUAGAAGAUGGUCAUUUCUGCCCUGCUUUAUCAAAGGCUGUUAAAACCAUGAAGAAAGGAGAAAAAGUUGUCCUUUCAGUCAAACCAGAAUAUGGAUUUGGGGACAAGGGAAAGCCUGCUUCUGGGGGUGAGGCUUCAGUCCCCGCCAAUGCUGCACUACAAAUCACACUAGAACUUCUAUCAUGGAAGAUAGUCUCGAGUGUUACAGAUGACAAAAAGGUUAUCAAGAAAAUCUUGAAAGAAGGGGAGGGAUAUGAGCGUCCGAAUGAGGGAGCUGUUGUUCAGGUGAAGUUGAUUGGUAAGCUAGAAGAUGGUACUGUAUUCACCAAAAAAGGUCAUGAUGAUACUGAGCUAUUUGAGUUCAAGGCAGAUGAAGAGCAAGUGAUUGAUGGGCUGGAUAGAGCUGUAAUGACAAUGAAGAAAGGGGAAGUGGCUCUUCUGACAAUUGCACCAGAAUACGCUUUUGGUUCUGCUGGUUCUGUCCAGGAUUUAGCAGCAGUGCCCCCUAAUGCUACCGUGACAUAUGAAGUUGAGCUUGUGUCUUUCGUGAAGGACAAAGAAUCUUGGGACAUGACCACUACCCAAGAGAAAAUCGAGGCUGCUGGCAAAAAGAAAGAAGAAGGAAAUGCAUUCUUCAAAGCUGGUAAAUAUAAGAAAGCAGUGAAGCGAUAUGAGAAGGCUGCUAAGUACAUUGAGUAUGAUACUAACUUUGAAGAAGAAGAGAAAAAACAAGCUAAAGCCUUGAAGGUUACCUGCAACCUGAACAAUGCAGCUUGCCAGUUGAAACUGAAGGACUACAAGCAGGCUGAAAAGCUUUGCACCAAGGUGUUGGAACUUGAGAGUACAAAUGUCAAGGCUCUUUAUCGGAGGGCUCAAGCUUAUAUCAAUGUAGCUGACCUGGAUCUUGCAGAGCUUGAUAUAAAGAAAGCCCUUGAGAUUGACCCUAAUAACAAGGAUGUGAAACUCGAGUACAAAGUACUGAAAGAAAAGAUUAAAGAAUACAAUAAGAAGGAUGCCAAGUUUUACGGGAACAUGUUUGCCAAGAUGACCAAGUCAUCCGCCAAUAAAGAAGCCACAAAGGAGGCAGAACCAAUGAGCAUUGACAGCAAGGCGUAAUAAAUGGGAACGAUGUACCGAAUUUGAGUUCUCUGAUAUUUUACAGUCUAGUGACCUUAUCGAUUUCUGUUUGAAUGUGAAACGUCUGGGACAGAGUAAUAGUUAGUGAGAAUAUGGGAGGUUGUUUACUUUUUUCUUUUCUUUUCUUUUUCCUUUGGUGGUGUUGUCCUUUAGAAUUGAAAAUGGAUACUACUAAUUGUAUUGUUGAACCAUAUAAUUAUACUUGACUUUGUUUUCUUACA